AUGGCCCUGGUAGAAUACUCCGACUCGGACUCCGAAUCACCAGCAGAAUCAAAUUCCCCACCCCCAGCCAAAAAGGCCCGAAAGAACACAACCCCCUCAGACAUCCCGCCAUUACCAGCGGCAUUCCACGACCUGUACGCGACGAGCACUCGCGUCAGCGUCCGCGACGAUCCCAGUCUUCACGGAGGGCGGUAUCCAAGUAAUGAAGAGUUCGCCUUGCUGAGCGACACGAUCAGUCAAAUGAGAGCUCAACUAGGCAAGAACAGCAGAGAGCCAGAGAUACACAGUCUACUACGGAGUGACCUCGGCGUUAGACUUCCUCUCCACAUCAGUCUCUCGAGGCCGGCCGUCCUUCGAACUGAACAGCGGCAGUCGUUCAUGACAGUGUUCCAAACGGCCAUUCAAAAGUCGCAUAUCGAAGCCGUGACCACCACAGUAGAAACCCUAGACUGCGUCUCCAACUUCGACAAAACGCGCUGGUUCUACGUCCUGCGCGUGAGCAGACCCGCGGACGAUAGCUUGAACCGCUUGCUUGGACUGUCGAAUCGCUAUCUGGCGCUGUUCGAUCAGCCGCCAUUAUAUGCGAACUCGACGGACGGCGACAGAAAGCAAGUGUCGGGAGAGCCGUCUGGUGAUUACUCUCGUUGUUUCCAUAUCUCUUUGGCGUGGAGUUUGACGGAGCCGUCUUUGGAGGCGAGGGAGCGAAUCGCGUCGAUGGAUUUACGGAGUCUUGGGGAAAUUGAGGUUCGGUUUGAUUGUGUUAAGGCGAAGAUUGGGAAUCAGAUUUCGAGUAUUUCGCUUGCUUAG